AUGACUGCUUCGCCAUCGCCAGAGCGCUCGCCCGCAAAAGACUCCCACACCCGGUCCAAAUCCAAAUCACCACCUCCUUCAGCAAGCGCAGACCCUCCAGAGCCGGAAACACAAACUUCCGAAUCAGACGUAGAUUCCCAACAAGAAGACGGUGAAGUCGACGAAGACGCGCCCCCGGAAGAACCACCACUCCCUCAAGAGGCGCCUCCCGCGCAGGACGACGGCUGGGACUGCCAAUUCGACCCCGGCACCCAAGCAUGGUUCUUCUACAACCGCUUCACCGGCAAAACGCAAUGGGACAACCCGCGCGUGCCGUCAGAAAAACCUGCCGCCUCCGCCUCCGCGCCCGUUCCUCAAUCUGAACCCCCCGUGAGCGGCUACAACCCCGCCAUCCACGGCGACUACGACCCCAACGCGUGGUACGCCCAGAAAUACAACCAGGCCGAUGAGCCUGCUCCUCUACAGGCGCAGGUGCCCAGCCUAGAAGACGGGUACACGUCCACCGCGGGGUUCAACCGCUUCACGGGCCAGUUUCAGCAGGAGGACGCAGGGCCGGGGCGACACACCGACGACGCAAAGUCGCGGCGGCAGAUGAAUGCCUUUUUUGACGUAGAUGCCGCUGCGAAUGCGGACGACGGCCGUAGCUUGAAGGCGGAGAGGGCGGGGAAGCGCAUCAGCAAGUCUGAGCUGAAGGCGUUUAAGGAGAAGAGGAGGGCGAGGAAGGAGGAGAAGAGACGGGCUUGGUUGAGGGAUUGA